UUCCUUUCUUCUGCAACGCAUAAUAAGGAAUAAUCCACGGGGGAAUAUCUUCAAGCGGCACCGCAGCAUGCCCUUGGGCUAUGAUUGAUCGGGAGCUGGCGAUAACGAGGACAAAAAAAGUCGCAAAUUUGUGCGGGUGCCCCUCCCAACCGUCAGAAGCAUUGCUUGAAUGUCUCCAGAAGACUCCUGUCGACAAUUUAGUCGAAAGUUUUCAGAAUUUUCGGGAUGAUUUCAUGCUGCCUUUGACAGAGUUUGCUCCCGUAAUUGAGGAAUCAACUGCUCAGAACGCUGUAUUAACUACCGAUCCCCGCAUGAUUAAAUCGGAGCUACCUUGGAUCACAGGCCUAAAUACAGCUGAGCAUAUGAAUUAUUCCGGGAAGUUCUUGCAAAAUGUUGAAAAUAAGGAUUUGAACCUCACGGAACAAUUCGAUGUAUUUUUGAACACAUGGCUGUCUUAUGGAAUUAACAUUACUGAAGAAGAAAUUCCGGCGGUGGCAAAGAAAAUUAAAGAAUUCUACUUCGGAGCAGGGAACUCAAUAAAUAAGAAAAAUAUCAAACAUUUGGAUCUGGUAAUUGCCGACGGUUGGUUUUUAAAAGGUAUCACAGAUGCAGUUCCGUUUCACGCAGGACCUACGCAUGUCUACUAUUAUGAUUACGAACAAUCUGACAAGACUACUUUCAAGUCGAUGAUAGGCUACGGCGUUGGUGAUGGGAAAGGUGCAGGUCACUUAGAUAAUAUACUCAACCUAUUUCCAAGCGCUAAGAGAUUUCCCAGAAGACAGCUAUCUCCACUGGAUAUGCAAACUUCCAAAAACAUGGUUAGCCUAUGGACAAGAUUUGCAAAAUACGGAAAUUUCACAUCAGAUGAGUGGGAACCUUUGAACAAAAAGAGCAACAACAUCAAGAAUUUACACAUUUCAGCUGCAGGAUUCAUUCAAGAGGAAGAUCUUUUAAAGGAGAGGGCGAACUUCUGGAAAUUUCUCAAUAAGAAUAUCCUUGUAUAAUUUACUGAUAGCCGAUAGUGAUUUUUAUUAAGCCUAGCGGUAAACGAGGGUCGUCCAGAAAGUAGGUUUACGUAUUCAACAUCUCCUGCAUGAACUAUGGUAGAUGGAGAAAAUAUGUAAAAAGCACUGUAAAGCUGCUGCUCUCAGCCUUUUAAGACGCUAUAGAU